GUUUGAGGAACUUUGUACGACAGAAGUAAAUUUGCCAGCAGCACUUGGGGGUCGCUGCGGGAUUGAAGAGAGACAGAGAGGAGGACCGCAAGGAUGAAGCUGUGUCGCACUUUUCUAGAAAAUGAGUUUCGGGGCGAGCUGGUGAACCAGCGGUGGACACGAGGCGAGAGGACCAGCAGCCGCUGUCAGGCCUCCCAGAGACUGCAGAGCCGUCGACCAAUCAUGAUGAGUGUAGAGGGUGAUGACAAGCGAACUCGCACUCGGUCCAAGGGAAUCAGAGUUCCUAUUGAGCUCGUAGGACAAGAGCUGAGCUGCCCCACCCCUGGAUGCAAUGGCUCUGGCCAUAUCAGUGGGAGAUACUCACGACACAGAAGCAUUCUGGGUUGCCCCAUAGCCAGAAAGCGCCGUCUAGAAGAAUCAGAGGCCGAUCACGAGCAGGAACAAGAAACAGAGCGCCCAGCCUCCAAGAGGAAGUCCCAUCCCCUGAAACUGGCCCUGGACGAGGGCUUCAGUGCAGAAAGUGAUGCCAGCAGUGAGGCUGAGGGAGAGGGAGAGAAGGAUGGAGAAAAAGGAGGAGGAGGAGAGACCAAGGAGGAGGAGGAGACAGAGCCAGCUGUAGAGGAAGAGAGAGAAGAGAUGACAGAAGACCUGACGCAAGACAGACAGACAAAUGGAGAAAAGGAGGAGACACAUAGUCAACAGAAGGAGGAGGAGAGGGAGGAAGAAGAAACAUAUCAGAAAGAGGAAUACACAUUUGCAGCUGAUGAAGAGGAGGAGUGUGUGAUCAUUGAGCCUGAGCUUGGCGUGGCGCCACCUGCAGCCGAGGAGUGUCAGUCUCCUUCUCAGAGCGCCGAAGAGGUGGCCAACUCUCUCCUCCACCUCGGCCGAGUCUCCAACACCACCACCAACAACAAUACUCCAACUGUGGCCAUUCAGCAGCCUGUUGCUAUGGAGACUGAGGAGGAUGUCAUUAUGACAGCCGAGGGGGGUGAAGAAGUAAAGGAUGAGCAGGGUGGGGAAAUGAAUGAGGGAGAAGAGGAGGAGGUGACACAGAGAGUUCAAGUAUCGGAAGAGUCAUCUGUACUGCAGAAGGAGGCGGCUGAAGAGGAGGAAGAGGAGGUGGAAGAGGAGCAAAGAGAGUACGAAGAUAUGAGCAACCACAUGAACCAGGAGAACCACCAGUAUAUCACUGAAGAUGUCCAACACCACCAAAACACAGAUGAAGAGGAGGAAGAAGAAGAAGAGGAAGAGAUGGCAGUGCCAGCACAGCAGAGGCAGAACUCUCCAGCAGAAGAGGAUAAGGAGAAAGAUGAAGAGGAACACAGGGAGGUGAACCACAUUCUGCCUGUUUCUGAUGUGCCAACUGCCAUCUGCACCGUCACCAGCACCGCAGCUGCUCAGGGAACACAAAUGUCUGAAGACCACAGGGCCAGUCCUCUGGAGGACUACAAGUCACACAGAGCAAGUCCCCUCGAAAACUACAAUGUCAAUAGAGCCAGUCCACUUGACAAAUAUGACUCUCAUAAACCAAGCCCACUUCAGAACUACAAGGCCAGCCCUCUUUUAAGCUACGGCUCCCACAGGACCAGUCCACUGGAGGACUACUUUCCCAACACCAGAGAUGAGAACUAUAAAAUCCACAAAGCCUCUCCCGACAUUAUCGAGGUGCGUUCCGAUAAGUCAGAAGAGAAGGAGUUUGAUGAUGUUGAUGGGGAUGACGAGCACGAUGACGAAGACAGCCUUUCCCAGCGUUCUACUGUGACAGAUGAGUCAGAGAUGUUUGACAUGACCCGAGGGAACCUGGGCCUGCUGGAGCAAGCCAUUGCCCUGAAGGCAGAGCAGGUGAAGCCAGCCGGGCCCAGAGAGCUGUGCUGUGCCCCAGAUAUCCACCACCAGCGAUACUUCACCAUGGAUGACAGGCCCAAGCACCUGGAUGUCCUCCGCAAGAGCUACUUCAGCAAAGAGAGCAGUAGGCCAGAGAAGAGGGAGAUCAAGUGUCCCACCCCAGGGUGUGAUGGGACGGGUCACGUGACUGGUCUUUACCCCCACCAUCGCAGCCUGUCAGGCUGUCCUCACAAGGACAGGAUCCCCCCCGAGAUUCUGGCCAUGCAUGAGAAUGUGCUGAAGUGUCCCACUCCUGGCUGCACUGGACAGGGCCAUGUUAACAGCAACCGUAACACACACCGCAGUCUCUCUGGAUGCCCCAUUGCUGCUGCAGAGAAGCUGUCCAAGACCCACGAUAAGCAGCAUCUCUCUCAGCCAGGCAGCGAGCACCUCAAAGGAAGUUCCAACGACAGGGUGUUAAGGCCCAUGUGCUUUGUGAAGCAGCUGGAGGUGCCCCAGUAUGGCAGCUACAGGCCCAACAUGGCACCCACCACGCCUCGUGCCAACCUGGCCAAGGAGCUGGAGAAGUACUCCAAGGUGUCAUUUGAUUAUGCAAGCUUUGAUGCUCAAGUAUUUGGGAAGCACAUGCUUGCUCCAAAGAUGCCCACCAGCGAAACCUCACCCAAAGCCUUCAAAACUAAGCCCUCAUUCCCCAAGUCAUUGUCGCCUAGCCUGAGUCUCCACGGUUAUGGGAAGAGCAGCUCCUUGGCCUAUGACUAUUCCCAUGAUGCCGAGGCCGCCCACAUGGCUGCCACAGCCAUCCUCAACUUGUCCACACGCUGCUGGGAGAAACCUGAGAACCUCAGCACCAAACCCCAAAACAAGGAAAUGGACAUUGAGGUGGAUGAGAAUGGCACUCUGGACCUGAGUAUGAAGAAGCCCAUCAAACGAGAGGGCAGUCUGUCUGGCACCAGCCCUGGGGUUCGGUCCCCAGACCCUUCUUCUUCUUCCUCUUCUUCACUCCAUCAUGGUGGAAGCAGUGGAAUGACAUCACCAAACCUGAACAGCUACAAGCAGGAGGAAUGGGAGGGACCUCUGGAUUACACCAAACCCAACCGCCAAAGGGAGGAGGAAAUGGACGAGAUGGAGCACACUGGUCAGUCAUUUGUCUCAUCCGACCCAGAGGACUGUCUUGAGGACAGGAAGUACCCGGGAGAGGUCACGACUCCAAGCUUCAAGGUCAAGUUCCAGCCCAAGGACAGCAAAAAAGAGCUGCUCUCGUGCCCUACACCUGGCUGUGAUGGCAGUGGCCACAUCACUGGAAACUAUGCAUCCCAUCGCAGUCUGUCUGGGUGUCCUCUUGCUGAUAAGAGCCUUCGGUCCCUCAUGGCGGCCCACACCCCUGAACUCAAAUGUCCCACUCCAGGAUGUGACGGCUCAGGUCAUAUCACAGGAAACUACGCCUCGCACAGAAGUCUCUCUGGGUGCCCGCGUGCCAAGAAAAGUGGAAUUAAAACUCCUACCAAGGACAACCAGGAGGACUCCGAGCUUUUAAAAUGCCCGGUGCCAGGCUGCGACAGCCUGGGCCACAUCAGUGGGAAGUACGCCACGCACCGUAGCGCCUACGGAUGUCCGCUGGCAGCCCGCAGACAGAAGGAGGGUCUCCUGAAUGGCACGCCCUUCAACUGGAAAGCCUUCAAGACAGAGGGGCCUACCUGCCCCACACCAGGAUGUGACGGCUCCGGACACGCCAAUGGAAGCUUCCUCACACACCGCAGUCUCUCAGGAUGCCCCAGAGCCUUGUAUGCCAAGAAGAAGGCCAAGUUCCCCACGGAGGACUACUUGAGCACCAAGUUCAGAGCCAGUGAUGUUCUGGACAAUGACGAGGACAUCAAGCAGCUCAACAAAGAGAUUGAUGACCUCAACGAAUCCAACAAUGAAAUGGAGGCUGACAUGGUCAACCUGCAGACUCAGAUAUCAUCCAUGGAGAAGAACCUGAAGACUAUUGAGCAUGAGAACAAAAUGAUCGAGGAGCAGAACGAGGCUCUGUUCAUGGAGCUGUCCGGUCUCAGUCACGCCCUGAUCCGCAGCCUGGCUAACAUUCGACUGCCACACAUGCAGGAGCCAAUCACAGAGCAGAACUUUGACAGCUACGUGAGCACCCUGACCGAUAUGUACACCAACAAGGACUGCUUCCAGAGCCCUGAGAACAAGGCUCUGCUUGAGAGCAUCAACAAAGCUGUGAAGGGCAUCAAAGUCUGAGGCUUGACACGCACACGGAAGAGUGAAGCUGUCCUGAAGCGCAGGAGCGUGACAGAGUCUGAGAAAUGAAGGAGAGAUGUUGAAAUACUCUACAAUAUAUUGAAAUAUGAUUCAAAAACAAAAAGGGAAUUCAGGUUAUUUUAAUAAAUGGCAACUUAAGAAAAUCAACCCAGGGAGCACACUGUUAGAAGAAAAAGUGACGCGGACCAAAAUCCACACCAUGCUGCUGCUGGGAUUGGAGCGGAAAUAGGAGGAGGAAACAAAUCUGUCAGUCAGAAUGGAUGGAAAAGAAGAAUAAUGUUACUAUAAACUGUAUCUGGGGGGUUUCAAUAUGCUGUAUGUUUACCUGUUGUCUCUUUUGUGUCCUGAACUGUCUUUGGAGAGGGUUUCACUGUUCCCUGGCUGAUCAGAUUCUGAGCUUAAAACAUGGAGGAUCACUUACAGGAGAGCACGGUGACACUAAGAGGACACAAGACGAGUUGAACGUAAAGUAUCUCAGUGCUGUCCUGUAGCAUUCACAGUGUGUGGCGAGUGUGUGUGUGUGUGUGUGUGUGUGUGUGAGUGUGUGAGUGUGUGUGUGUGUGUGUGUAUGUUCGUCAACUCUAAAGGCUCUCUGAUCAAUGACCACACACGCACACCCCAGCAAUAUGUGGCAAGGCACUAAAUUGAAUGUGUGUUUGCUUUGUGGUAUUACUGAGGUGUCAACAACGCAAUGUUGACUCGGUUUAGCAGAAAAGAAAUUCUCCAAGCAAGGUCGUGAGACCGAUCCAGGAAUAGUGUAGGUUGUUUAUUUUUCAUGGGACAACUGAUACUAUGUUUUGAAAAGCAGCAUAUAAAACCUUUUUUUUUCUGUUUUUUUAUUUGAAAAACUGAAAUGAUAAUAGUGAUAGUGUGCACACAUUUCAAAUUCAGUUAGUCAUAUCUAUAGUAUUUAUCAAAAUAGGAAUUGCACUUCAUUUCAAUGAAUAGUUUUGUGGUACAGUAAUUAUUAUUAUAUAUGAAUUAUUUAAAUUAGCAAACUUUUAAAUUGUAACUUAUUGCCAUUUAUGUUAUUGAGGUUUAUUUAUUUGAAUCAAUCUAUUUAUUAACUUUGUUUUGUAACACAAAAAGAAUGCAUCUUUACUGAUUAUCAUGGUCGAAGCGAUUUGCAGAUGUCUUACGUCAAUAUUUUAAGAAUCUCUAUAGAUAACUGACAAGGCAUAUUUUGUUUUGAGUACUUUUUAAAACAGUGCAGAUGUUUUAUAACUGACAAAAGCAUUUUUUGAUAAUUUUACAAAAAAAGUAAUUUUUGUGGGGUUGUUCUUGUUUUUCCUCCCUAUUGUUUGUGUUCUUUCUGUUACUGGUACAUUCAGAAACCCACUUCUGAAAAAAAAGGAAAUAUGUAUUUAUUAUUUAUUUAAUAUGAAAGAAAUUGAUUGACAUGGCUGUAUAUUUAUUUUAUUAUUUAUGUGCGUGAUGUGACGGUUGAGUCUGAGUAGUCUUAAAGAUCCACUGCUGAUAUUUAAAUAAAGAAACAAAAUCGAUACAAAAACUGUUUGAUUACUUAGGCUUAUACCUAGACAUACCAGCAGCUGAUUGUAAAGACAUAAAAAUAAUCCAACAAAAGCAAUCACUGUUCUGUUGGUAUCUGGUGUCUGUGUUUUUUGAGCCAUCUUGUGUUUGCUUUUGUCAGGUGAAAGAAAACCAAGGAAAUUGAAAAAAAAAAAAAUACAGUUCAAAAAUGUUACCUCUUCUAAGCGCUUUGUAGCGGCCACACUGGCUCACCCAAAACCUCUGUAAUGUACUAUAGAUGCUUAAGUGAUGCUUUUUGAUUAUUUUUUAUUUUCAUCUGUACAAUGGUACAUAUAUAGAGCUGUA